AUGUCAACGAAAUCGCCCACAACUAGUGUGAAGUCGCGCGAAAUGAUCGGCGUGGAUCAGUUCAGUCAGCGGCGCGAGGUGUUCGACAAGCACGACACAGUGUUCCUGCCGCUGCCGUCGCCGACUGCGGUCGCGCCAGUCUACCGCCAAGUGGAGCCCAUCAUCACAUCCAACCACGGCAAGACCACCAGCAACUUCAAACGGAACAUCGCCGCCUCCUCCAGCAUGAGGGAAUCUAAAACCGACGAACGAAUAUUCGAUUUUCGACCACGGAAGUACUCGGACAACUUCACCUCCGAACUGAACCAGAGUGAUGACGUGGACUACAGAUACAGCUCGACGGAGAGGACGAGACGACUGUCGAAACUGAGGAGAGACUUCCUCGCGUCCAACCUCCACGAUCCCAGCGAGCACACGUUCACGAGAUCCGGCACGCGAGCCUCCAUGCCUGUCAACUCCACACCUCCGAUAAGGUACAAGAUAGAAAGUCCUAAUUUAUAUAAAUUUCCAUUCGCCGAGCCAUAUGCGACACCGCCUCCGGUGAGGAGAGUCGUUGUAGACUUGGGGCCAUCGGAAGUUGAUGGAAAGGAAAAUCAGGACCCUGAACUGAGGACGAAGUAUCAGAGCCUGCCAAAUAACAAUGCAUCCCCUACAACAAAAAUUGACCACCAAAAAUUGUUUGAAGAGUUAGUCAAAAGGUAUUCCCCACAACGCAAGCCGGUAGAUUGGACCUUACCGCCGACGAGACCGAGAGUGGUGGGUUCUGUUCCAAAAUCCACUUCUAGCAUUGGUGAUACCUUAGAUUUAGUUCAGAAGACUCAAAAUGAUGAGAAAUCUAACAAAGACGAUGAUGUAUUCGAAAAGAAGGAAGAAAAUAACAUUGCUAAUAAUAAUAUACAAGUUUAUCGUUCAGAAGCACCUAAACCAGCAACAGAGGUAGAGGUAGUAGUGAUACAAAACGGUCCCACAUCAGGAACUGAGGGUGACGAUCAAAACGAAAAGAGUAAUAGUGAAUCAAAAGCUUCAGUCACAGAACUAGCGGAAAAGAACGACCGUGUUCCUGAAUUACCUCCAAUUCAAAGACAACUAAGUAAAGAUUCGAAGAAGAAGCAACCUCCCCCAGAAAAGCACCCAGAUUUGACAAUUCCAGCGUUGAUAGACAAAAUUACAACAGAAGGUGAAACUUUAGAAAACAAUAUAAAGAAAACUAAGAAAGUUAAACGAAAGAGGAGUUUCUUAGACAAACUAUUGGGGCGAAAGAAAGAUAAAUAGAUAUAAGUAGGUAGAUAAUAGUGAAGUGAUAUUGCAUAGGCACUGCAUUGCUGCAAACCUGCCAAAGAUAUAUCGUUAACAUGACGUCAGAGUUAUAAUCUUUUGAUAAACAGUUCUAUUUUAACACUCACUGGAUUUUUCAAUCGCUAUAAAAAAUAAUGUUUUCUACAAAAGUUUAAUUCAUAAUGAAGUUGACUUUAAUUCUUCAGUGACUCUUUAGCUCUAUUAUGUAUAUAAUUUGAUUUUUUCUUAUUUCAAAAUCUCAGUGCGUGUUAAACCAAGAAAGAAAGUAUUUUGAUAAUUUAUUUGUAUAAAAAUAAUUAAGGCCAGACUUCCUAUGUUUUUUAUCUUUCUACAAUUGGGUUUGGUUGGGUUAUCACAUUAACUGAUAAACGUAAGUGGCAUGUGACACUCCCUAUCUGCAAACUCGAAAGAACUUUCUGUGAAUAUGUUGAUUAAAACAAAAUAUUUUUAGAAUAAAUCUCGCUGCAAUAAUAUCAAUCUCUUUAAAAUUUUGUUUUAAAUAACAUUUUAUAAAAUAUUUUUAAAAAGAUGCUAUGCUUCUAUUCUUAACACCAUUUUCGAAACGUGAUUUUAGUUGGCUCUUAUCAUAUUUUUAUUUCUUUUUUGUCGAUAUCUGGUCCUAAGUCAUUAAACUUUGGAUAUCCCAACCAACAUUUUUAUUUUUUUACUUGAAUAGUAUCCAUAUUUUCUAUAAACUUUGUUUUGUAAAGUGAUGUCAUUGAAAUAAAAAGUAUUUUGUUAAUGAAGGCC